AUGACCGAUCGGUACAAUGGGACAAUGAAUGGGGGUGAUGGAGCCAACAACGGCCAUACGCCGGGCUCUCCUACGAAGGAGUCACCGCCAAAGAUUCUCUUUAACGUGUGCCGCAAGGAACUGUAUCACCCCAACAAGGGAUAUAAGCAACUGGCGCGACGGUUGCGUCAGAUCAGUACUAUUGACAUGAAUAAAGAGGACGUUACAGUUGAUCGCAUGCUCCCGUACGACAUUGUGGUAUUUGGUGCUCCACAAGAGAAACUCAGUGAGGAGGAUAUGACUGCUGUUCGUGAGUACGUUGAGCGUGGUGGAUCUGUCAUUAUGCUCUUUGGUGACGGCCACGGUGGUCGCUACUCCUAUCUGAACCAGACGCUGGAGGAGUGGACGGGAAUCGUGCUGAACGAGGACUGCGUUGUGCGCACUGUCAUGAACAAAUAUCUUCACCCCAAAGAGGUGUGCGUGGCGAAUGGUGUGACAAACCGCGCCAUCAACAAAGCUGCUGGGAAAAAUGUUUUGGGUGCUCUGGGUUAUCAGAGCGAGCGCACUGGACUCCAAGCAGCUGGGUCCGCCUUUGGCGAUCGUGGGGCACCAAUGACACUGAACCGCACUAUUGCAGCUGGUGGCUUUGGUGGUGGCACAAUGAAUGCCGCGGCAAUGGCUAUGCAGCAGCCAGCUGCGGAUGAUACCGUGGUGGAAGGACCCACCAGUCUUGUGUUUGUGUACCCACACGGUCUGAGUUUUAAUGUGAACCGCCCAGCGGUGCCGAUUCUUAGCAGCGGCUUCAUGGCGUACCCACUGAACCGCCCCAUUGCUGCGGUAUGGGAGAGCUCCGAUGCGGUGGAGCAUAAUGGACGGAAGAAACAAGGCAAGCUACUACUAAUUGGCAGUGCCCUCGUCAUGGAGGACACCUGGUUCGGCAAAGAGGAGAACGAACUGCUCACUACCGUUCUGUUUGACUACAUGAACCACAGGGUGAAACUGAAUCAGAUUGAUGCAGAUGAACCAGAUAUUACUGACUACAAUCAUGUUCCUGAUAUCGCCUCUCUGUCUGAGCGUCUGCGCGUUGCAGUGGAGCAGCAGGAGGAGCUCCCGCGCGAUUUUACCAAACUCUUCCAGAUGGAGACGUUCAAACUAGACACUGACUUAAUUCCACAGGUCAUAGAGACUUACGACAAGCUCAAUGUGAAGCAGGAACCUCUAACACUCAUUCCCCCAGAAUUCCUGACACCUUUGCCCCCUGUGAAACCAGCGGUUUUCGAGCCGACGCACCGCGACCCCAUGCCACCUGCCCUAGAUCUCUUUGACCUUGAUGAGGAAUUUGCACCUGAGAAGGUGCGUCUGAGUCAGCUGACCAACAAGUGCAAGCCAGAGGAUGUUCAGUUCUACAUUCUGCAGGGUGCAGAAAUCCUUGGCGUUACAAAGAAAUUGCGAAGCCCACGCAAUCGCGACCCCCGCGCGCUGCUGGACUAUGUGUUCCGCCAGGUGGUUCAGUAUAAGAAGGUGAAUGCGGAGGGUGCACGUAAUUCGUGUCAUGCUGGUAUGGAUUCCUACAGCACGGACGCAAAUGCUGCUGCUGCCGCUGCUGCUGGCAGCAUGACACGUGUGAUUCGUGUCUCCACCAAUGCGAAUGGCAAUAGGGAUGCAACACCAUUCGACGAGAAUGUGCCGUGGACGCUGCAACUUCAGGCAGACUUUGGCAGCGGCAACAUUACUGGGAAACUCACACUGCACCAGUCCUCAGCCCACUUUCCUGCGCAGGAGGCCACUCUGGAGGGUACCAUCAGACCUCCGGGUGAGCGAGACUACCCUAUGGAGUGGGGCGUCUUGGUGAAGGGACAGCACAUUGAGCAGGUUUUUUUCGUUUUUCUCGCGAUGCUGCAAGGCAACUCCCUGCGAGGUGUCUGCGAAGUUGCUGGCGGAAAUGGCAACACACGCAACUUUUUGUACAGCAUUGAAGAGCUUUAG